AUGGUGCCCCCGUGUGGUGGUGAUGGCUGCAACCCCGCUCCCCACCACCAACACCACCACCACCAUCACCACCAAUCCGAAACCCUACAGCACCAACCCCAGUACUACGUGUCCGCCGCCCACCUUCCCAACGCCAUGCUGAGACCAGUUAGUUCACCACCCUACCCACGACCACACUCUUCCAUGCAAGGCUCCAGUGCUGUGUUAAAUGCACCGGACAAAAUUAGGGAGACACAGGAUUCAAUGACUGUACAUAUGCGGUGUUCACAUUUCCUCAUCACCGCCACACCACAUGCCCUCCUGACCCACAUGUCCCACGCCGCUGCCCUACCCACUCAGCCUUCCCACGACCACCAAAGACCAAUAGCCGCCCUCCCACCCCAAUAA